GGGAGGGAUGGCACGCGGCCGCCAGCGCCGCCUAACGUUUUAUUACUAUUAUUUUAUCGCUGUUUGUAUGAAUGCCUCGCUGUCCAAGAGGCCCUCUUUCUCUUUGUGGUAGGCUAGGUUGAGAAUUGAGGGGAAGACACUUCCUCCCCAUCUCCAUGCUAUAACCCCGCGAAGCAGGUCAAACGCACAGAGGGAGAGACUGGCUCGAGAGGCCUCCUUUGCCAUCACAGCAACCCUGCGAGGUUUGGCUAGAGGGGUGCGAGAAAGUGACUGUCCCGAGAUCGCUCCGGGGGAGGAGCGGGGCCCAGAGCAUAGCUGUCAAGUUUUCCCUUUUCUCGCGAGGAAGCCUAUUCAGCAGAAGGGAAUUUCCCUUAAAAAAGGGGAGAACUUGACAGCUAUGGCCCAGAGGUUGAUCGCAGGUCUCUACAAAAAGACUCCUGAGCUGCCACACCACGCUGUGCGUAAAAGAGGCGACGUGGCCUUCGGGGUAGGAUUGCCACGUGGUUCCUCUGCAGCUUCUAAUGGCAGUUUCAGUGCUCCUUAUUUUAGGGAUUUUCAUGUUCCAGUUACAGGCAUAGGUUAGGGCAGGCAUCCCCAAACUGCGGCCCUCCAGAUGUUUUGGCCUACAACUCCCAUGAUCCCUAGCUAACAGGACCAGUGGUCAGGGAUGAUGGGAAUUGUAGUCCAAAACAUCUGGAGGGCCGAAGUUUGGGGAUGCCUGGGUUAGGGUUUCUGGUCAAAUGUAAUACUGUAACUCAGUUUAUAAGAAAAAGAAAUCAAGUUUAACUCAUAAAGAGCUAGCUGCACAUCAGAGAAUUUGCCAGGUGUCACCGAUGAAGCCAGAUAGUCAUUUUGCGCUCCCUUUCAUCUCAUUUCCUUUGUGUUAUGUUUCCCUGUGCGUAAGGAUGGACAAAAUGGAGCCUAGUUGUAGGACUGUUAAAGAAUUGCGUAAUAAAGCUUCUGUUUUUCUAACUCAUAUCAUUUUUAAGGGCAGUUAAUUUUACACCGAUUUUACUGUUCUCCAGGAAAAAUCAUUUUCAAAAUCUUGGAAUAAGACAAAAAGUCUUGUAAAUAGAUUGUAAUUCUGUGGAAAAUGUUACACAUCUGAAGGAACUGUCAUUCCUGUAAUUUUGUAGUGCUUCAUUUGGUGCAAAUACUGUUUAACAAUUAAGUAAAUUACUUGAGAUGCGUACCAGGGUAUGUGGAGAAAUAAGUAGGCCCAAAUGUUCCAAAUGUUUGCUGAUCUAGAACUAAAUAGUACUGUACUGUAGUAGCUUUGUGUCCAUAAUCUCCAGGCAAGGCUACUUUGUGUGGUGUUUCUGUAUCCCUUUUUAAACUAUUUUACCAAUAUUUUUUUCUUACCUUCGCAACAGUUUCAUCUCUGAGAAUUACUUCACAGUUUGACUUUGAAUUGUGUAUUAAUGUUGAAAAGGCAUGUAAUUCUUGCUUUCUUUUGGAGUCUUUAGUAAGAUUAAUUAACUAUAUGCUCACCUAAAAGCCACAGGCAUUAGGCAAGUUAUAAAAAGAAAAGGCUUGCUCAAGAGACACAGCAUGCCUAAACUGAAAUGACUUUGAAAUCCAAAGUAACUAAAGAGUUGGUUCCCAGAUUGCAAGAGACCCCAUUGUCCAUUUUAUCUGUGUGGGAGCUUGAUCAUUGAAAGAAUAGAAAUGGGUUUGUUAUGCUGUGGGUGCUUGUGAUAUGCUUUCAGGACCUUGUCACUCUUCCCACAAUUACUAAUUAUUAUUAUUAAUAAAAUUUGUAUACCGCCCUAUACCCACAGGACUAAUUUGUUCUAUUAAACUGUUUUUAAUAUUGAAUUUUAAAUUGUUGGGACCUGAUAGUAAAGGGUGGGUUGUUAAUAAUAAUAAUAAUAAUAAUAAUAAUAAUAAUAAUAAUAAUAAUAAUGUGCCAUGUAGGGGACUUGGGCAAUACUAACUUCGGGUAUCUUAAAGCCAAAUGAAACUUUGACAUAUAUUAACUGUUCCUUUAAAGAAACCUAUCUGUCUGCAGAUUUUCCCAAUAAAAAGAGGAAGAGGAGUAGAUGGAACCAAGAUGCCAUGGACCAGAAGACUGUCAUCCCUGGAAUGCCCACAGUUAUUCCUCCUGGGCUUACCCGUGAACAAGAGAGAGCUUAUAUAGGUCUCCUUCCCCUGAACCGAUUUACAAUAGCGAGGGGAAGCGUUUGAACACCCGUGAAUUCCGUACACGCAAGAAACUGGAAGAGGAGAGGCACAACCUGAUAACAGAGAUGGUGGCGCUCAACCCAGACUUCAAGCCACCAGCUGAUUACAAACCUCCAGCAACUCGAGUGAGUGAUAAGGUGAUGAUCCCACAGGAUGAAUAUCCUGAGAUUAACUUUGUUGGGCUUCUGAUUGGACCCAGAGGGAACACAUUGAAGAACAUUGAGAAGGAGUGCAAUGCCAAGAUUAUGAUCAGAGGCAAAGGGUCUGUGAAAGAAGGGAAGGUGGGCCGGAAAGAUGGCCAGAUGCUGCCUGGUGAGGAUGAGCCACUUCAUGCUUUGGUCACAGCUAACACCAUGGAGAAUGUGAAGAAGGCUGUGGAACAGAUCCGGAACAUUCUGAAGCAAGGCAUUGAAACUCCAGAGGACCAGAAUGAUCUACGCAAGAUGCAGCUGCGGGAACUGGCCCGCCUCAAUGGCACACUGCGUGAAGAUGACAACAGAAUUCUGCGUCCAUGGCAAAACACUGAGACUCGCAGCAUCACCAACACCACUGUGUGUACCAAGUGUGGAGGAGCUGGCCACAUUGCAUCAGAUUGCAAGUUUGCCCGACCUGGAGACCCCCAGUCAGCCCAGGAUAAAGCACGCAUGGACAAGGAAUACCUGUCUCUGAUGGCUGAGUUGGGAGAAGCUCCUGUCCCAUCAUCGGUGGGAUCAUCUUCAGGACCUUCCAAUCCACCGCUGCCAAGUGGUCCAAGACCUUCGGGGCCAGGAAACAACCAGCCACCUCCUAACCGCCCGCCAUGGAUGAACUCUGGCCCCUCUGAAAACAGGCCCUUCCAUGGCAUGCAUGGUGGAGGCGGAGGUGGAGGUGGUGGAGGAGGUGGAGGGGGGCCUGGAGGGCCUGGUGGCCCUCACAAUUUCCCCCACCACAUGUCAAAUAUGGGAGGACACGGGGGUCACCCAAUGCAGCACAACCCCAAUGGUCCUCCACCUUGGAUGCAGCCUCACAACCCACCAAUGAACCAGGGACCACAUCCUCAUGGUCCCCCCGGGCCCCAUCACAUGGAUCAGUACCUGGGCAAUGCGCCAGUGGGCUCUGGGGUCUAUCGCCUCCAAGGAAAAGGUAUGAUGCCGCCUCCGAUGGGUAUGAUGCCCCCUCCGCCCCCUCCACCCAGUGGUCAGCCUCCCCCGCCUCCCUCUGGUCCUCUUCCCCCAUGGCAGCAGCAGCAGCAGCCUCCACCCCCGCCUCCCAGCAGCAGUACUCCCUUGCCAUGGCAGCAAAAUACGACGACCACCACCACCACGAGCGCUGGCACCGGGGCCAUCCCUCCAUGGCAGCAGCAGCAGGGAGCGGCGGCGGUGGCAACUUCUACGGGGGCCCCACAGAUGCAAGGCAGCCCCAUGGUGCCUUUGCCUCCAGGGGUCCAGCCUCCGCUGCCGCCCGGGGCCCCGCCUCCUCCCCCGCCCCCGCCGCCUGGCUCCGCGGGCAUGAUGUACGCCCCUCCCCCUCCUCCGCCUCCCAUGGACCCUACUAAUUUUGUCACCAUGAUGGGGGUUGGAGUGCCAGCCUUGCCACCGUUUGGCAUGCCCCCUGCUCCCCCACCACCCCCACCACAGAACUGAAGAAUGGUUUUUCUAUACAGUUUUUUCUUGCCAAUCUGGAGCCAGGAGCUGGAGGGGAGACUUCUGAAACCCAGCCAGGAGCAGAUGAGGAGUGUGUGUUCCUCUUCCCCCUCCUUACUCUGUACUUAGAGAGGUGUGUGACUCUUGUCAGAAUCCUUUUUUGAUGACUGACUGGUGUACUUCAGUAGCAGAACUUGCCCAUCAGGACACUAGUGCUGAGUCUCUUCCCCCCACCCCACAAAGUGAGGUGUGCACCACCAUCCUAAAGUUUGGGAAAGUCCAUGUGAAACUGCCAGGUCUAGCCAUGGUGGUAGCAGCGGUGGCAAGGCCCCUUCUGUGUUUAGAUGCAGCUCUACCUGCCUUGCCCUCGGGUGGGACAGUGGUUUUUGUUCAUUUUAAGUUCUUCUUACCAGAAUUAGAUUUUUAACCUCAUCUAAGAGACACAAGUUUUCCAUGGCCACAUGUAUCUCCCAUCACGGAAAAGUCUUGUCAAUAGAGUUAAAGAAGCAAAUGGAUUAUUUCCGUAGAUUUCUUUCUCUGAAGCUGGACGUUGCAUGCACUGCAGUUGACAUGGGGAGUGCCAGUUUUCUCCCCAGCAAAGGAAAGGCAGACUUCACAUGGUGCGCCUUCCUUUGAAACUGGGAGUGGGGGCUUUAGGUCCUCUCCUCUACUCCCGUUGAGUAGUUAAGAUGAAGUCACAAUUGAGAGAGCAUCUUCAUCUCUUUUGAAGUCCAUUUUGAUAUUGUCCAUCUGCCUAGAAACUCCUUUCUUUUCUUUUUACAUGCCUUGAGUGUUUUGUGGUUUGGGGUGGACCCGCCCCUAGAUUGAAUGAUUUUUGUUGACAAUGAUGUGUGUACAAACGCUUCAUUCGAUCUCCUGUAACCAUUUUCUUAAUUGCUUUUUGUGUAAGAAUAAAAGAGCAGUGAAAGGGAGGUUCCAAUUAAAUGCAGCUUUUAAAAUA